AGAGGCAGAAAGGAGGAGGAGUGUGUUUACUUGUUACGUCAUUUAUUAUUCUUGGGCCCAGAUUUAUUGUCCACAGGAGCAUAUGUGAGAGCGCGUUGGUCUCGAUCCACAGAAGGAGAAUUUGCACAUCAUCCUCAGCUGCCCAGCCACCAUGUCCCAACCUGGUCAGGAAGAUGAACAGAUGCAGCGGCCUGAAGUGAGAGAAGAGGAGCUGACAGACGCAAAGACCAGACUGGGUACGAGCGGCCCUGCGAAGAGCAAAACCUUCCAAGUAAUGGAAGAGUGCGAGAAAAUGGGAAAAGCUGCUCCCUCUGUCUUCAGUCGGGCGAGAUUGGGAGGAGAGACGGCUUUCAGCACACGGUCCGCUCAACCAGCCCGGAAAUGAAGAAAGUCCCUUAACUUGCUGGCCAGCAUGUUGGAGGGGUGGGUCUGUUCUGUAAUUCUCUCCAUAUUUGGUCAAAGUCAUGUUUGUAGUUCUGCAUCAACUGUGGACUUCAGGGAAUGUUUUACCCAAACAUUCAAUAACACCAGAGUGCAGUAAUAAAGCUGACUUUCUUAAAUAAAAUAUUGAUGAGUUUCUCUUCAACUUCCAA